AUGGCGUUUAGUUUUUCGAACGUCGCGUCAAGCGGCUCAGCUGUUGGUGCUCCUGGAGUGACUGUCAAAGAUGGGGCAGAAUUACAGGAAAUUCAGACAAAUGAAUUGGGAUUCGCCGCGCUUAAUGGCGAGUCGAGAGUGCGGCUCCUUCCAACACCAUGGCCUACGGACGAUCUUCCUCCUCCCUCGUCGUCGCUACUCAGUGUCGCAUCAGUAAGAGGCUUGUUAGCUGCCGCAGGGCCUGAUGCGGUCUACAUCACCUCCACGACAAAGGUUCGAGAAGCCUUCCAGUCUCCAGCGCCUGAAAAGAGCCAGACGCGGCAAUUCCAGCCGGAGAUCAAGUUGCCAUAUCCACGAGUCUCUCAUGUCGUUUUUUCUUGUGACGAGAGCGUCCUUGUCGUCUCCACGACUGGGGGGAUUGUCGCCUUCCAGGUUGAGAGUUUGCAGAAGGGCAAUUUUACUCCUGCAUUAGAGAUCUCCACCAACAAUCAGAACCUCCGAAUGAUUGCGCCAAAUCCAGUCGUGGAAUCAGCGGAAUUGUUCGCUGUCAUCACCGCAAAUGGCGAUCUGAUGCUUCUUGACUUGAAAGCCGGAGGUAUAAAAUCUGGCAGCGAGGGCGAUGUGCUCACAAGAGGCGCAAGUUGUCUGUCAUGGAGUAACAGAGGCAAGCAGUUGGUCGCAGGCAUGUCGGACGGGACGGCGAUCCAGAUGAAACCGGACGGUACUGUUGUUGCGAACAUUCCCAAGUCAACAAGCAUUCCCGCAGACUCUCAUGUCUCGGGCAUCUCAUGGCUCGAAAAUGAUACCUUCUUCAUUAUCUAUACGCCCAACCAAGCAGGCGAUGAGAUCCCGCCAUCAGAGUACUACAUCGUGCAGAGGACUAAAACAAACUACACGUUUCAGAAACUGCCCGAGGUUCUGCCACCAUUCGGUCUGGCAAGACUGCCUGCUUUCCACUUCAUCUCGAGACUGAGGAAUUUUCCGCCCCUUCAAGACUUGUUAAUAGUGACUGCCACGACCGCUACCGACGUCGGGCUGAUUUCCAAGUCAGACCAGGCUUUGUCACAGGAAGAUCCAGUCGUUUCGGCGUUUACUUUCACCACAAUCGAAGAUGAUACGAGGCGCGCCCAGCUUCCCCUUUCAGCAACGAUGGAGGAUACUUCUCCAAUUGGUAUGGUAGUGGACUUGUCCAGUUCUGAGAAGGUUCCGAACCCCAUCCCGUCAGACCCGGAAAUUGAAGAGACUGCUGGACCUGUACCAUGUCUGCUCAUAUUGAACAAUGAAGGCAUUCUGGUGGGCUGGUGGGUCAUAAACAACGAGUCAGUCCGAUCAAAGACUACCUUUUCCGGUCUUUCGUCUGUGCAAGCUGCAAAGGAAGGUGCAACUCCUGCUGCUCCGACCCCGUCACCCCCUCCGGCUGCCACCGCGGCUUCUACAGCUGGUGGACCACGUGCCGCCGGUACUUUCGGACAGGAUACGAGCGGAGGCUUUGGCACGCCUGCAGCCCCAUCACCCUUCGGUGCCCCCUCUGCCAAACCAUUUGGAACUUCUUCCCCGAUAACGUCUGAUAAACCUUCAUGGGCCAAUACAGGGUUUGGCUCGACUUCCGGUGCAGCUUCGACGCCGGCCUUCGGGCAGCCUGCAUUUGGAUCAGCCACACCCAUGGGAGGCGCCAAUGCUCCCGCGUUUGGGUCAGCAAGUGCCUUGGGAAGUCGAACGUCGGCUUUUGGACAACCCUCAGCUAUUGGUGGAACUCCUGCAUUCGGUCAGACUUCGGGCUUUGGUACCGCUUCAACCUCUAGUCCUUUUGCAAAAGCAGGGGGUGACUCAACCAGCUCAGGCUUUGCCUCGUUCUCGAAGGGAGGAGGAUUUGCUUCUUUUGCGGGAGGGGCCACGGGACAAGGCAGCCAAAGCCCCUUUGGUGCAGCGAGCGGGACGAGUCCCUUCGCACAAACAUCAGGAAACACAUUCAGCUCCAAGAAACCCCAAGAAUCACCCUUUGCAUCCAAGAAAGCCGAUAAUGCCUUCAACUCUUUCGGAUCGGCAAAUGCUUUCAAGUUGCAGUCAUCAUUCCAAGGGGAUGGAACGGCGAAAGAUGACCUUCCGCCGCCCAAAGAACUUGGUGGUUUUAGCUUCGGAUCCUCUUUUGGUGAUAUACUAAACGACACUAAGCCCGCAUUGUCGCCCACUCACAACAAGGAAGAGGAAAUGGACGAGGAAAGCGAAGCGAGCGAGGCUGAAUCCGACACAAUCCAGGGUACAUCGCCCGAGAGAUACCCACCACAGACCUCAGCAAACCCUCCUCAGACAUCGGUCACACCACCUUCCACCCUCAUGCAACCCAAAACUACGCCUGUGCCGGCUGUUUCCACCCUAUUUGGACCACCACAAAAUGAUAGCACAACUCCAUUGGCUCAAAACACUACCCCAGGUUGGUCCUUCGACGGCUUGUCCUCCACAACUCCCAAAGAAACCCCAAAGCCAUCUCAUAUGGCCAUGUUUGGCACGAAACCCACAACUCAAGAAACACCAGCCGCCGUGCAAAAGAGCGUUCCAGCACCUACUUUCGGUUCUGUAGAACCGCCACCAGAUAUCAAGAAGGAACCCGCGAAUGAAGACGAGUCUGUCGAUCUCAAGAGUAUUCCCGAGGCACCUCUGCCUCCUGAUACUGUCAGCAAACCACGAUAUGCAUCGGGUGAGACUUCUGCUUCGUCGAAUACAUCGAAAACGCCACCAGAUGAUGCACCCCUGCCGCCAGAUUUCCUCCCUGUGCCUAAAGCAAGCCAAGUGGAAGACGCCAACCCAGAGCUACCGGAUGACGACGAAGACGACUUCAGCUCUGGAUUCGAGGACGAGGAAGAAGAGGAAGUCGAAGACGAGAGUCCAGAGGAGCAAACAGAGCAUUUAGAGACGUCGCCGGAGAGCUCAUUCAAGAGUGGCGAUAGAAGUCCGGAAACAAGUCCCACAGGUGGGUUAUUUACGAAGGUUACUUCAGCCUCCAUAGCACCCAAGCCUGCCAGACCGCUAUUUGGCGAGGUUGGUACUGCACCUGUUUUCGCACCACCCAAACCACAAGAAAGCCCACGGUCGCCAAGCCCUGUUAGACAGGCCUUCUCAAUCGAAGGUCUUCGAGCAGAUGCCUCCAGGUCGGUUAGUGCACCGGCGCAUCCUCGGUCCGUCAUCGACCAACGAAAGGCUGAGUACCAGAAAUCUGGACUGGCCGCCCAGGCAGCGAGGACAAGAGAGGAAGAGGCGGCCAAAGAGAAGGCUCGCCGCGAGGCUAUUGCGCGAGAAAAGGCGCAAGCGGAAGCUGAGGAGCUGGCACCGCUCGAGGAUGACGAGGAUGAGAGAUUGCGCCAGGAGCUGGAGAGACCUAUCACGCCGUCGGAAACGCUGGACGAUUUCGUCACUUAUCAACCGCGGGCCCCCGAAGAGACACAAAAGACUGGCAUACCAGCACAGAUCGAGCGGCUUUACUCAGAUAUCAAUUCGAUGGUAUACACCCUGGGAAUCAAUUGUCGCUCGCUAUCAGCAUUCCUGCAAUACCAGCAACCCGAAGCAACCAAUCAGUCAUGGCCAGCAGUGCUCAAAUCCGAGACGCCAGUGGACGCUCUGAACGACGAGCUACUUUUGACGGAUAUUGCGAGAUUGCAUGAAGGAUAUGCAGUGCUUUCCGAUAUGCUUGCCGACUGCCGCAUUGGGGAGUACAUCGAGAAAUCUGAAGAGGCCCAGGCUCUGAUGAAGCGAGAGGUGUUCGACUUGAGGAACAAGCUCAUGUCCGUACGUAAGACCUUGCAUAGUCUGUCGGCUGCCGACGGUGCAGUGAGCGCACCUCUUUCCGCUGAGCAGACUUCUAUCCAGCAUGAUCUUCGCAAGUCUUUUACCUGUGUGCAGACGCAGAUUGUUCAGAUCGAAGACGGGCUCUCCGUCCUUCGAGCGAAGCUUGCUCAAUUAGCGCCAGCCGAUGGCUCGGGUCAAACAACAGGGGCUCUGGGACGAGGGUCUUCACGGAAGAAACCAACCGUGGAAGCUGUGAAGAAAACUGUGGAAAAGAUGAUGUCUAUGGCGGAACAGAAGAGUGCAGAUAUCGACGUCCUCGAAGCGCAGCUCAAAAAGAUGGGUCUGUCUUCAGGAACGUCACUGAUCAGCAAUGGCGACAUAUCCAGUGGAGCUCCAAGCACUCCCCCGCUUGGCCGACAGACGAGGAGCCCGACGACGCCGGGAAGUGCAGGCAGCGUCUACCAUACACCAGACUCCAAAUUUGGUAGUAGCACGCGUCCAGCUCGAGGUUUCCGGACAAGUCAAAAUGGAGGGUUGACCAUGAUAUCGGCAGAAGAUAAGCAACGAUGGCAGGCCAAGGCGCGUCGUCGCAAGGACGUUGCCAACAUGUUGAAGGAAGUCUUGGAAGAGAAACAAAAGGGGUUUGCAAAGGUGGUCAAGGGAUGA